GAUAACUUCGGACGUUCCCGGAGGCGUUCACACAGCUCUUAUGGGAGCAGGGAUACUCGGGAACCCUUAUUUCAGGAAGAAUGACAUAUCUUAUUCAUGGGUUGGAAGAGGAGAUUGGCAGUAUAUCAGAACAUUUAAAGUUUCGAAAGAAGUUUUAAAGAUGGACAAGAUUCUUUUGAUUUGUGAAGGACUUGAUUCAAUAGCAACAGUGACCAUCAACGACAGGGUGGUUGGAAAGUCUGACAACAUGUUUGUUAGAUAUAUCUUUGAUAUCAAGUCAGUUGUUAAGGACACAAAUGUUAUCGCUGUUGACUUUAAAUCACCUGUGCAGUAUGGAGAAGAGAAAGCCAAUGCGUCAGAGUACAAGGUUCCACCAGACUGCCCGCCUUAUUAUUUUCAUGGUGAAUGUCAUAGAAAUAUGGUUAGGAAAAUGCAGUGUGCUUUUAGCUGGGAUUGGGGACCAGCCUUUGUUACUAUGGGAAUAUGGAAAGAUAUAUAUAUUCAAGCCACAGAUGGAAUGAUAAUCACUGAUGUCACAACAGAAACUUCUAAAGUCAAUGAUACGUGGAAAUUGCAUAUGGAUAUAUUUACAAGGUCUAGUGACAAGAUUGCUGAAAAUGGGCUUUUAGAAAUAGCAAUUCAAGGCACUGAUGUUGAAGUGACAAGAGAUGUGAAAUUAAACAAAGGUUUACAAACACUGUCGGAAAUCUAUGAUAUUCCAAAGGACGAUACGUUUUUGCUUUCCCGGGAAACUGUUAAAGGCCAUACAAAAACCCAAAGACUUUCUUUCUACUUUCGCAUCAACAAUCAUCCGAUAUUCUUAAAAGGUUCUAAUUGGGUACCAGCAGAUAGUUUUCCAGAGCGAGUAACAAAAGACAGACUGCGGAACUAUUUACAAUCAGCGGUUGAUGCAAAUAUGAACUGUUUGCGAGUAUGGGGUGGUGGUAUUUAUGAAUCGGACUACUUUUACGACCUUGCGGAUGAAUUUGGUAUUUUAAUAUGGCAGGAUUUUAUGUUUGCAUGUGCUUUAUACCCGGUAGAUGAAGAUUUUCUAUCAUCAGUGAAAGAAGAAGUGACGUACCAGGUAAGACGACUUAAGAAUCAUCCAUCGGUAUUUGCUUACAGUGGCAAUAAUGAGAAUGAAGCGGCCAUUGCAGGGAGCUGGUGGCCAGGUGUAUUCAGAAACAAGAUCUUAAUGUCCGACUAUGUGAAACUUUAUGUCGACACAAUUCUAACCAUUGUAAAAGAAACGGAUCCGACCAGACCUUACAUGACGUCAAGCCCUAGUAAUGGUAUUGCCUCUGCAAUGGAAGGUGGCCUUUCUUCAAAUCCUGGAAAUACGCGAUAUGGUGACAGUAAAACCCCAAAAAGGGCUAAGGCAGCAUCCCUGCAGGGGAUAGUACAAGCGAUUGCCAUGAGAACAGAAACGGAACACUAUAGACGGUGGCAGAGUGAAAUUAAUGAGUACGGCGAAGGAAAGACGAUGGGGGCUUUAUAUUGGAUGUUUGCAGAUAUCUGGCAGGCGCCCUCUUGGUCGUCUAUCGAAUAUGGAGGUAAAUGGAAGAUGUUGCACUAUUAUGCAAUCCAUUUUUUCUCGCCAGUUUUAAUUUCUCCAUUUAUAAGCAACCAUGAAAGCACAGAUCAUUUACAAGUGUACAUUGUCGUUGAUGAACUGUCAGAAUUUCAGCGGACAAAACUUCAAGAUGGUAACAACUUUCCUAAUCUCGACAAUAGGCAUGAGUUACCAGCAAUGUUGGGUAAUACCCUCUUUCCAAGCUGGAAGAAGCAAUCCCUUUUAGAUAUACUGAAGGACAAAUUAGAAGAAAGGAACGAGGUACUGUCGUUAUUUUCAGGAACUGUGUAUAUGCGUGUGUACUCCUGGGAUAGUUUGGAUACAAAAUAUACAGAACAACUGGAAUUCAAGCUUUUUAAACCUUCGGAACUUAUUUAUAAAAUUUCCGUACAAAAUCUCGUACUAAAGUCAGGUUGUGGGGCGCCAGGAAAUUGUUUUGUUGUACUAUACAUUGGUGACAUUAAUAAUGGACAUUCGACAUGGUAUCCAUUAACAACAUUUAAGGACGCAAUAGGUUUAAGAGAACCGGACUUAAAGGUGGAACUAAUUAAGACAACAGAGGACGACAACGUGUUUGAAUUACAACUAAGGACUGAUGCUGUCGCCCCGUUUGUUUGGUUGGAGGCUCGUGGAAUUAAAGGAAGAUUUUCAGACAAUGGCUUUCUAAUGUUUCUUCCUCAGAAGACAAUACUGUUUUAUGCAUGGGAAACAACUGAUGCUGAUAUACUAAAGGAAAGAGUUACUAUUAAAUCACUAAUGGAUAUCUACAAUUAAGGACUACAGUGCACCAUUUCCGUAUAAUGCAUGAAAUAAUUGUACAUAGGAUUUAGGCCUUAGACAGUAGUUGACCGAGAGUUCGAAUAUUUGUUAAUAUUCUGUUGUCCUAAUGAUAAACUUUCAAUGUUAAAUUAUUCGAAUGCAAUGUGCUUCAAAACAAGAAUGACUACUGUAGUAAUUGGCCGUUUACACCAGAUUUCAAUGACAUAUACAGAAAGUGUGACAUACUGGGCUAAUUGUACACUCAAUCCCAUUGCUAAUAUUUGGUCUUAUAGUUCUUUUGAUGGACCAGACCUUCAAGCAAGAAUUUUUUAACGUUCUUUCUAAAACGUGAUGUAUAAUUGAUAACUUUAAUGUUCUUUUUUUAAUAUGAUAUAUUUAUGUGUUAAGUUUUAUAUCUCUAUAAAAACAA